CUAAAGGAUAGAAAUUUGAAGGUGAACGGCAUAUUGUCUUGUAAAUUCGAGACAAUGAAAGCUGGUUAGAUUGUCGAAGAACUAAAGUUCUUGAACACUAAGAACGAAGUUGUUCUACCGUCCACCGAUAUCAGCGACUGGUUCAACACAAAUGUGAAGGAAAAGUUACUAGCCAAGGUUGAAGACUUUCAAGAAAGGGAAUCUGGUUGGUCAUUGGUAGAAAUUAUAAACUUGGCGGUAAACAUCAACAGAUACAUUCCGAUACACGGUGGCCUAUCUACUUUCAUCGAAUUACCGAAGGAGGUGCAAAGUAAGAAAGCAGUCGUAAACAUUAGAAACAACGAUCCGUACUGUUUCCUCUGGUCCGUCACCGCAGCUCUUCAUCCAGUUAAAAAUAAUGUAAGCGUUAUCGGUUCGUACCCCCACUUCAGCUAAGUGCUAAGGUAUGAAGGUUUAAAUUUUCCGAUUGGCUUAAAGGACAUUUCGAAAUUCGAGAAGAUGAAUGAUUUGGUAAUUAACGUUUACGGUAUAGAGUAUGAUAGUGGUCAUGAGAUAGUACCAAUUUAUCUAAGUCAGCAAAAGUCAAACAAGGAAGCGAUUCAUUUACUCAUGUUAGAAACAAAAAUUUAUUCGAAUGGAGAUGACGUGGACAUGGAAGACGGUAGUGUUUAUCACUUUGCUUGGAUUCGAAAUCUAUCCCGUUUACUGAAAUCACAAAUUACAAAACGUAAAGGUUAUACUAAACUCUGUGAUCGAUGUCUAUGCCACUUUACAACAGUAAACUCUUUCGAAAAACAUAGACUCGAUUGUGCAAAUAUAAAUAAAUGCAGAGUCAUAUUACCGGAUGAAAAAGAUAAAAUUAUGAAAUUUAAAAAUUAUAAGUAUAAAGAACCUGUUCCGUUUGCCGUUUAUGCGGACAUCGAAUGUAUUUUAGAGCCAAUUGCGGAUAAGUCUAAUUCGUUAAACACAACUCUCUAUCAAAGACACGUUCCACACAGUAUAGCGUACUAUUUACAAUGUAACUUUGAUGACACUAUUUCUAAAUUUAGAGCUUAUCGUGGAAAAAAUUGCGUGGAAUGGUUUACGAAUCAAUUACAGGAAUUA